AUGAUUUCCACAUCUUACACUAGAUAUGAUAUUAUUAUACUAGCGAUACAGUAAGUUUGAGCUUAUUACAAAUCUUCGCAUAAAUAUCAGAUAUAAGAAGAACAAUUAAUUUUAAUUUGCAGGUACAAUGCUUUCGCAAAUAUUCCAGUGGUCGUGGAUGACGUUAAAAACGACUUAUAUUAUCAAAAGAUACAAGAUUUUGCAGAUUUUUUAAAUGAACAUACGAAUGAACUAGUAAUGUUACCUCGUGUGCAUGUUCAGUUUCCAGAUAACAACUUAUACUUCACCGUACAACGACAUCUUUUUACUAACCGUGAUUUUUCUAGUGCUAUUAUUGAUCAAAAGGUAACAUUAAAGAAUAGAAAAGAUUUAAAAUAGUUUCCCUGUCUUUCAAGAAUUAAACAAAUCAACCACUUUUUAGCCAGUCGACGACCUUUUUAAGAAUCUUCAAAAGCGUUUGAAGGCGGUAAAAUGUUCUAAAUGCAUGUUUGUCAAUUGGAAAAAUGCGGUUUGUGUUAGUGAAAAGUGCUACGCUGUAAAUGAGCGAUCUAAAAACAUGAUUUUCUACGAUUACACUCAUAUUAACGUACUUGGCAGCUUAUACUACGGAAAAAUGGUCCGAAACAUGUACGAUGAAUUCUUGGUCACAGGAAAUUUACAAAUUGAAGACCAUUACAAACAACAAAAAACACCUUUUUCUAUAUUUUGAUUUUUUUUUUCUUUGCGUAAAAUAAAAUUAUGCUUAAAAGUUCAUUUUAAUUUUCACAUUACAAGCUAAAGUUGACACUUCGCAUCGAUACUUUUUGUGACAUUGCGUCGUUUCACAAGUUUCUCUUGUCUGAUUGCUUCCGAUAAACGAGACCUUCUUUUUUCAUGAAAUCGACUUCCGAACUCUCGAGAUUUUUUCCAUGACCGCCUACGUCAAAUUUUUACAAAUUUUUUUCUAAAUAUUGUAGAUUAUCAGGGUUUGUUUGUUGUUUUAGACAUAAUUAAAGUUUCAAAAUUUUAAUCUGGGAUAAAAUCAAUUCUUGAACAUUCCGUGUUAGGCUGCAAAACAGUUUUUUUACCUUUCUUUUGGCUCUGGUAUUUUUCGAGGCAAGACAGUAUUGUUAUUGAUUGGAAACUGAUAAGGGUGCGGAUUUCAGAUUUUUUAGCUAUAUCUUUAAGUUUAUCUUUAUAGACGCUUUGGAUAGUAUAUAUAGUGCAAUAUGUGUGACGUUUAUCAAGCAAAAAAUUGGUUUUUGUGAUAUUAUUUUACAUUUAAAGCCAAAAAAGAGCAUAGAGAUAACGCUUUAAAUUGAAGUUUAUGAGAAUAAUUCUAGUGAUAGUUUGUUUUUGUCAAUUUUUAGACGUAUUUAAUAAUUUAUUUUGAAAAUUUAAGAGGAUUGAGAAGUUUGUUAGACGUGUAAUACACAGUAGUCGCGAGGUUUGGAUGCAAAUAUGAUGCUGAGAGGUUUGGAAAUAAAUUCGAAUUUUAUUGAUUUCGGGAAGGUCAGAGAAGAUCCUACGCAUUGACAAAACUCGUGAGGCGUCUUCUUGGCUUUGAAAGUGAUGCGGUUUUAGGUGGAAAUGCGUUUAAACUUCAAAAUCAAUAUGUUACUUGUUUUUAGGGUUUUACCGCAAGCUUUUGGCUCAAAAUGUAAAUUUUGUGAAACCCUUGUUCAAAUGACAAAAAGAAGGGUUUAUAUACACAAACUUUGUGUGUUUAUUUAACUCUUUUUGAUCGAUUUCUAAUUUUCACGUUUCAAUAGACUUGCAGGCUUUCAUUGAAAUUUUUCAAGGGUUCUUGAUUAAAUUUAACACCCCAAGUGUUUAGUUUAAUUAAAGUAAGAGUUGAUUAUCGAUAUUUGCAACUUGUUUAUAUUAUAUCUGAGUGAAUGGUCAAACUACAGGAAUCAGAUUUCUAAAAAUUAAAGUAUUUUUGUUAUAUUUUAUGUUAUAUUUUUAUCGUGUGGGAAAAGAUAUCCUUUUGCGUGAAAGCGGCUAAUUUUUUCACAUUUCCUAUUUUUCAGUUUGACAAAGCGUACGCAAAAAACGGUUAGAAACAAGAACCGGUGAAUCAAUUCUUUCAGCAGAAUUAGCUAGUCCAAAGGUGAGUCUUAUGAUAUUUGUUUUUUUUUUUAGGCACAACAAGCUUAAUAUCGAUUUUCGGGUUGAAAUCGACGUAAAUUGAUAUUUAUAAGGGUUUUUUGUUUUAUUUUGUGUUUAAAAUUAUUAAAAAUAGCUGGAUGUGUAAAAAAGGCAUUUGUGGGUGAAGUUUUAGCAUACACAAGUUUUAAAUUGGGAAAAAGUUGAGAAUAUAUUUUUAACCGUAAUUUUUAACUUAACUUUUAUAAUAUUUUUACGUUUUUGAGGAUUUUUUAAAUAAAAUACAAGGUUUAGGAUAUUCUAAUUUUCUACCUAAUGGAUCCUCGAUCUUCUAACAACUCUGACGACGAACUCGACGACAAUCUCUACAACGAGUUUGAGCAGGCAUGUUCGUCUGUAUCGGGAUUGUUUAAAGCACCCACCUGGCGCACCUUUCAAACAGCCGCUGUCCACACUACUCAGUUGUAUAAAGCCGGCUCCGAAGCCUCUAAAAGAGCGCUGGAGAAAGGGAUUCAACAAGGGCGGCUUCAAAUGGCCAAGGAGUUGCUGGCUUUAAAACGAUAUGGUGCCAAAUUGGACGCUACUGAUGUUUAUAACAUCCUGCAGAAGUAUGCCUUACUUCCUAACGAAUAUUCGAUCCCACAAAGACCUCGACGGUUUGCGUCGCCUGUCGAUGGAGGUGUACAUCAAGCUGUUACGUUGUUUCAACAGGUAUAUUUAUAUUUUAGAACUCUCUGUGAAAAGUAAAGAUACAACUUUAACUACUGUUUACAUUUAGGCUCUGAAUCCGCCCAACGUUAGUCCGAACUCUCAGCAUCGACCUCAAGAACUGAACGCAUUCUUACAUAACCAAGUACUCAGGCACCGAAAACGAACCCACUCUCCUAUGGACACUAACAUGAAUAACCACUUUUCGAAAAGAAAGCGGUAA